GCCGCUAGCACCCCUGAUUGAUGCUGAUUUAUCUUACACAUAAGCUUUUUUAUUGAGGCUAGCUAAAUCAUUUUAGAUACCUCACAUAACUUUACUAAAUCCCUGAUUACUUUUCCUUGGCCAUAGUUGGAAAUCUUAGAUGGCAGCAUACUAGUGGUCCAUAGAUGGAUUGUAAUAAGAUAUGAUAUGAUAUCUCCAUUCAGCAAACAACUUCAAUUCAGCUUCAGUUGUAGACUUAUCUGUAUCAAUCACUUCUCAUAGUUUUCUGACUUAUUCUUUAUCUCUCAAACUCUGUUACUCAUCACUGUGUUCACUUACUUGCCUCUGAGGGACAUAUACAGAGAUGAAUAGCUUGUGACUGGUACUGCAUUCAUGUAAAUGGCUGCCACAAGCUGCAACCUCACCCAUGCUUCUGGUCUCAAGAAACUCAAUGAGCACCACCUCCAUAUGAAGAGCUACUUCAAAGGGAAAAUUCCCUCAACCCUUCUCCCAUUUUCAUCAACUGGCAAAAUGAAAAGUAGUAAAUUUAAAGUUGAGGCAGUGAAUGGUAAUUGGUUCUGUGAAACUGGGUUGAAGAGAAAUAGAGGACUGUUGCAAGUUCAGAGGUUAGACCAAUACCCAUUUGUGGCUUGUGCAAGUGGAGCAGAGUUAUCAUCUUCUAGCUUUGAAGACCAUGAAGAGGAGGAUGUUUCAAAGGAAAUCUUGAUUUGGAGGGCAAUCAAGUUGCCAAUUUACUCUGUUGCUUUUGUGCCUCUCACUGUAGGCAGUGCAGCAGCUUAUUUGCAGGCAGGCAUCUUCUCAGCUAGACGCUAUUUUGUUCUCUUAGCUUCUUCAGUUCUUGUUAUUACCUGGCUCAAUUUAAGCAAUGAUGUUUAUGAUUUUGACACUGGAGUUGACAAGAACAAGAAGGAAUCAGUUGUAAACUUGGUUGGAAGCCGAACAGGAACCUUCAUCGCUGCAUACUCUUGUCUUGCUCUUGGCUUCGUUGGGCUGGCUUGGGCUGCUGUGGUGGCAGGAAACAUGCGUUCAAUGUUGUUUCUUUCUUGUGCAAUUAUUUGUGGGUAUAUAUAUCAGUGUCCACCAUUUCGGUUAAGCUACCAGGGGCUGGGAGAGCCCUUGUGCUUUGCAGCAUUUGGUCCUUUUGCCACUAGUGCUUUUUAUUUAUUACAGGGUAGUGCAAGUGUGAUGAACUAUUUCCCCUUAAGUGGAACGGUUCUUUCAGCCUCGAUCCUUGUCGGCUUCACAACAUCUCUUAUCCUGUUUUGCAGUCAUUUCCAUCAGGUGGAAGGAGACAAGGAAGUUGGAAAAAUGUCACCUUUGGUUAGACUUGGCACUAAUAGAGGUGCUGAGGUAGUGCAAGUGGUAGUCUUGAUGCUCUAUGCUCUUUUGUUUACUUUUGGUCUAAGCAAGGCACUUCCUCUCACUUGUAUUUUACUUUGUACAUUGACCUUGCCAAUGGGAAACCUGGUAGUAAGAUUUGUCCAAGAAAAUCACAAGGACAAAAGCAAGAUUUUCAUGGCUAAGUACUUCUGUGUGAGGUUGCAUGCUUUGUUUGGAACUGCACUGGCUUUUGGUAUGGUCUUGGCUAGGGUUGUUAAUACAACAUUUACAUCAAGGCCAAUAUUAAGUUGAAGAUUGGGUUGGGAAAAAAUUAAAUUACAUGAACUGAGUGGUGUGCUCAAGAGGGUCAAGGAUGCAAGCCUGUGUGGUGCAACAGCAAGUAGCAUCAUGAUUCAGGUCUUGAACAUUUAUUUAGGAGAGGAUUCUGAAGGAAUUUUCAUUCUCUUCCCCUUCAUAUGGCAGAAAAGGUUCAAGAAACUGUAUGAUUUUCAUACCGCUCUCAGUUGUGUUAUAUGUGGCAUGCUUACUGCAUCAAUCGGAACGGGUCAGGAGAUGGUUCCCCUUGGUUGAAUUAUAGCAGGGCAACAUUUUCUGCUAUGAACUUUUGUUUGAUAUCAUUCAACUUGCUAAUGAUGAUAAAACUGCAUAAUUUCCCAGCAAGUAACCCAUUUGGAUACGUGUUAAAGAGCACUUAUUGGAGCUUAUCUAUUAGAUAAAACACUGAAAAAGCUCCAAUAAAUGUUCUUUGAUCUGCAUCGAAACAUACUCUAUUUGUGUGGUCAUUCUUUUAUGAUUUGUCUAAUAAACAUUUGUAACAUCAUGCAUUAUCCAAUUCUGAAAAGCUUCUACCA